UACUGGACUGGACUGGGGUUUUGUUUGGGUAACGAACUGUGUUUUGUGUUCUCUUCUUUCUAUAGAUCCCUGAAGCAGUCGGCGUUCGGAACUCGGCGUCAAUGGCGUGGCGGCCGCUCCACUCGAUCGUGAUACAGAAGCUGCUGAGCACGAAUGCCCAGUUGGGGCGGCAUGUGGUGGCUGACCAUAUGAAGGUAUUCACCUACGGAAGGCGCAACGACUUGGCCGUCAUGGACUCGGAUAAAACCCUCAUCUGUCUCCGCAACGCCGCCGAGUUCAUGGCGUCCCUGGCUCAGCAGAAGGGAAAGUUCAUGUUCGUGAACACCAACCCACUCUUUGACGAGAUCAUUGAGCAGAUGACGAAGAAGAUCGGCUGCUACUCUCCAUCCAUGAACUCUCUCUGGCGCACCGGUGGGUUUCUCACCAAUAGCUACAGCCCCAAGAAGUUCCGGUCCCGUAACAAGAAGCUAUGCUUUGGUCCCACACAGGCCCCCGAUUGCCUCGUCGUCUUCGACUCUGAGCGCAAGUCCUCUGUCAUCCUUGAGGCCCAUCGCCUCCGCAUUCCCAUCGUCUCCCUCGUCGACUCCGCCAUGCCCUUGGAUUACUACUCCAAGAUCACCUAUCCCGUCCCAGCCAACGACUCCGUUCAGUUCGUUUAUCUCUUCUGCAAUCUCAUCACCAAGACCUUUCUUCUUCAGAGAGGCCAGGACAACGAUCAAAAGCUCCUUGCUUCUUCUUGAGGCCUAUUUCUUCUUCCGGUAACAAUAAUAAUGAUAAUGAUCAGUUUUGUCUACAUACAAUUUUGUUUGGUUUUCUUAAUCUUUUAGCCAAACAUGGGUGCUGAAAGGUGUUUGAUGUUGCUCCACCUUUACCAAUUUCACUGAUUAAAUCCUUUAUUAUUGUUAAUUUUGCUUAGGAAAUAGGAACAAUGAAAACAUUGUUGGUUACGUGUAGUAAAUUUACAUUAUUUCAAUGUUUAGACGAAGAAAAUAUGUCUUCUACAUUUGAAACUUGAGGGUUGUCGCUGGGAAAGCAUUUUUUUUUCCUUUUCAUAAUUCAUUGUAUGUUUUGAAUAA